AUGCACGAAUUUCCGCGUGCCGCCCUCGCGGCAGGCAGUGAGCCAAAAUGCAACAGCCCACGGACUCUCGUUGCUGCACCAGAGUUGGUGGAGGUCAGCCCGUUAAUGCGGUCUUGCAUUUUUGGGUUCAACACGCAUGUGGCGGAGCUUCCCACUUCUGCUACGGAUAUUAGGACUGCGGAGUUAUCUACAUUCGCCACUCAGGAAGCGGAAGCAGCAUCUGAAAUGGCUGUGCGGCGAGCGCUAUUCGCACAUCUACCCGAAGAGCUUAAAAGCAAUACGUAUUUAAACGAGGGAGCAAGCACUCAUGGGGACAGAUCGCAUUCAUUGACUCGGACACCGUCCACAGACGUACACCGUGAAGAUGCACCUGGCUGGGCUCAAGGCGGGGAAUCUCGGCCGCAGUUUAGUGGAGUCCUGCCUUCUGAGCUGCGCGCACGGCUGGCGGCCUUGAGCCAUGAAGUCGCCACCCGACAAGGAGAUUACCCGGAUUCGCGUUUUACUUCGAAAACAGCAUGCAAGAGGGGGCGUCAUGCGACCCGAAGAGCACCAGCUGCGCUGCAUGCCUCAUCUUCUAGUGUGUUAUCUCAGGCCAUUGGCUGCAGUGGUUCGCCACGCAGUGCGAACCCACCAGCCACUCCCACCUCUACGGCAGACAAGACGCCUGUGCUCCCGAGUCCAUGCGACGUCAAGUCUAGUGACGCACGGAGCCCUAGGGUGUCCGAGGAUGGCGUCGGGCCUGAUAAGGGAGCCCUGUUGCAGGCACUAGGCAUGGCUAUUCAAAAGUUUGAUGAUAAUGACAUUGGAGAGCCCAGCGGCACUUCUUCUGGCGGAUCAGGCUUGUCGGCUCCGCCCGCAACUUUAUUUCGCGGCGGGGAGGAUGGCUGCGACAGUAGCCUUCACGCCAGCGACGUCGCAGCUUCACUUGAAGUCUCGGACGUUGAGAAGGAUGCCUCGGCAGCUGCUGCACCUUAUUUCUGUGGACCUAGCUUUGCGUUGCCCCACACAGCGAAUGGCGCUUACCAGCAUCUAGAUGACAUCAUUGAGCCUGUGCGAAGCUGGGCUUGCAUUGGGGACAAGCCGACUACUACAGGGAGUGCUGGUAGUGGCGCAGUACGGCUUCCACCGGAUGCCGGAGGUGUAUUUGCGGAAGUUCAGUUGACAAUCUUGACACUGAUCGAAGACCUUCAUUCUGCAACGUGCUGCUGUGCUGCCGCCUCAAGCCAGGAACCGUGUAGUUGUUGCAUUGGGGCGUCUGUCUUGCUGAAGAGCAAGUGGAUGAACAACGCUGCGCUCCCUGCAGUGCUACUGGAUGCUGGGUCUUGUGGGAACGCUGUCUCGGGAGGGGAAUGCACCGAAGCCACAUCCCAGUUGCACACAGUCCCACGUGCUAGGAGCCUAUCUCCAUUUCCCGCAAAGCGCUCGCAUGGCUCUGGCCCAGACUCUGCAACCUCCUCGUCUGCUGAUGAGUGCCAAGCUGCGACUGGGUGUACAGAGCCGCCAACGCGAAUUGAAGGCCGCAGUUGGAAUUCUCCCUCGUGCCCGGACACUGGUUCUUUGAGCAGUGGGAAGGAUGUGGCUUCGCCACGAGCUUCUACAAGGGCAGCUGUCGCAGGCAUAUCCCAGGACAACGGGCGCUUGCCCCCAGUCGAUUGCGAUUCGACUCGUGAACGGCAUAGCAGCGGAACACCCACCAAGCGUAGUGAAAAGGGUGCCAAACUUUCCCUUCCCCUUACAGGGUCUGCAGGGUGCUCCGAUGCACCUCCAGGAUCGGGAGUCAAUUCCCCCAGUGGCUCAGACAGCGCGGAUGGUGUCCGGCCCAAAAGCAAAGGGGGCGGUGAGGAGCCUGUAUCCAGUAAAGAGAAACAGGAGGAGUCGCUGCAUCUCCUCUUCAGGCACCACGUUGCUGCGGUAACGUGCGCCGAUCGUUUUGCGGAGCUCCUUCCAUAUUGCCACAUCUUUAGAGAAUGUGUAGGGACAUACCGCAGGCCUGCAACCCUGCCGACUCCGGCGCGUCACCUACUGGUGCAGGAGCUACAGAUGCUGCGCAGAGAUCCGGACCGGCUUCUGAUGCGUAAUUCAUUUCAAUGGACUGAAGCAGCUGGAGCAGUUUCAUGCCUGGCUGACACAGAGUACGGCGCUGCUGAUGCGCCAAAUUGUGACCGUACGGAUUUGGGGGCAAGCAUCUCUGGUCUGAACCUGAACGGAGUCCGUUCAGACGGCCAUGCCCCUGACGAUGGCAACGCAAUUCUAUCUUCAGCAGCUUUAGCGGCAUCAGAUGCUGAUACGGGACGCUGUAUCAGAGGCAGCGGUGGUUGGGUACCACCGCUGCCACUGCUGGACCCUUCUGUCCUUCUUUGCGCCUCGGGGACGGAGUUGGCUGCUCAGAAGUCUGCGGUAUUGAGGAUUCUGCGGAUGCUGCGCUCAUUGGCGCCAACCUGGGCUGCACGUGACGACAAUUUCGGGUUUCACUUUAAAGCUGCCAUCGCUGCAAGAUCACUUGAUUCCCUGGAGCUGCAGAGCUAUCGUGUCGUUUUUCAGUGUUUGUCUCCGUUCGACGCGAGGGAGUGGUCACGCGACCAGCUUAUGGAAGUGCUCAACGACCUCGACUGCAUCCGCCUUGCGUAUAGGCGCCGCCGGAAUCUGAAGGCAAGCAUAGCGCGUGUCCAGCGCUUCUUAGAGCAUCCUGACGUGGAACCUGCAGGGGACAUGUUACAUAGUUCUGAUGGCGCAGCUGGCCCGCGACAUCUGUGGGAGCCAAACAGUGGUGCCUCAGUUGAGACGGGGGACAUGGGAAACCCACCACGCGUUGUUGUGCGCGGUGGACGAGAUAUCAGUUGUGGGCAAGCUGUUCCAAAUGCUCCUAGCCCGACGGGUUUGGGGCCCGUCCCCGUUUCUUCGAGGGCGCAACAGGUGGGUUCGUUCGUGCUGCCAAUGCCGCACCAGCAACAGCUAUCACCCACAAAUGGGGGGUCCAAAACAUCACCCAGGACGCCUGGCCUCUCGGGAACGUGGUCGGUUGAUCGGGAAGCAACGGCUCGCGUGGAUGGAGACGGCGCAGCUGACCGGCAAACAAACUCUGUUGGUGGAGGAACCUCUGGGGGCGGAGGUUGUGCUGCUCCUUCGGGUUUCGCUCGGAGAGGUCACUCGACUGGUUCUACAGGGGUUGCGCGGCGGAACGCUGGGGCAGUGGCGGAGACGUCUGUUGGAAAAGCUGGGAGCACGAACCUGAAUGACUGCCCAGGCUUAGAUUGCAUUUCCCCUGACAUCUUUCUUCUCGCCUCAGGCCAGCCAAGGCAAAGUUGCUUCAACAUCAAGCAGCACGGCUUUGAGAAGGCUCGACGUCUGGCUGUUCAGGCGAGACAAACCCUUAUGGGGAUGGCCACAUCCAAAGUCACAAACACUCCAUCGACAGAAGCCCAGCGGGCUUCAGCACAACCUGCAUUGCCUGAAGCUUCUGUCGGCCGAGAGCAGCCCUCAUUGCAGACAAGGCUCCCAGAUUUGCUCUUUAUGGGGGACGCCACUACAGCAAUUGCGGAGGCACUUGGGAACCGCGGUAUUCAGACGCCGACGGCCGUGCUGCAGCAUUCAUCUGCCAAGAGCAAACUUGACGGCCUGGGCGCAACCAAUGAAGCGCCGGAGAUCCAGGGAGCCAAUGAUGCCCCCGGGGUGAGUGGAAGCGCCAAUGUUUUUCGCAGCGUGAAUCCCAUGCAAGUAAAAGCAGCUGUUUCUGGGACAACUCCAAGGCACUCACCACGUGGGGUGCCGCAACGGCCGGCUUCGUCCGGGUUUCCUUCGGCAGAUUGUGUGAUGCCUCCUCUUCCAAGAAAGCAGACUAUUCAGCAGCAUGCGCCGGGUAAGGAACAGAUGCCAGUUCCUUCUGCAGCAAUUACGGGGUCGCCUAUGCAGCAGCAGGCGUUGCUGCAACACCAGCUGCAACAACAGCUUGAAGAUCAGCUUCAGCAGUUGCAACAACUACAACAGCAGUUGCUGCAGCACUCUUCUACCGCUCAAGAGACUCCAGCGAGACAACCCCCAAAUAUGGGGUCUAAAGCUCACCCACUACCCUCGUACUUGAAUUUAGGCGACCACUCAUCGUCGGCCUUGGCAUUGGUGAGCUCUUUGUUAGGGGGCUCAGCCACGGCAUCUCUGCGGCUCCCAGGCUUCAGUGACUCAUCGGGAGCCCCUUCUCCGCUGCGUUGCCCAGAAGGACAGCAGCGACAGGCUACGACAAAACCGGUAUCCAUCGAUCCAGCGAGCGAUCCACAGUUGACCCUGCAGUGUGCGAAGGGUCCUCGUGGGGGCCUCGGGAUUCUCGGGACAUCCGGUGACGCCGACGGGUCAGUCAUUGCCCCUGUUGGCCCUGCAGAGGUGCUGGAAGAUGAUGGCGUGCAAUCCUGUUCAAAGCGGAAGCAGAGAUUGCUUUGUGCCUCGAAGCCCGGUAAACGCACCUUGGCUUCCUUAGCAAGGGAAUUUCCCUCAGUCGGGGGGGUCACCUACAACGUGAAGGGAGCAUGCUGGGAGGUGGCGGUAAAGGGCCGGGAAACGACGAAGAUCUUCAGCACCAGGAAGUUUGGCGGCCUAGAAGCAGCUUAUGGGGCAGCUGUCAUGUGGAAACGCAAGGUUGACCGAGGUGAGCAGGGCGAUGAUGAUGCAGACGGGCCUGAAGGACUGGAGGGCCCAGCAGAUGAUGAAUAUCUGGAUGAGGCCGAUGGCCUUGGAGGUAGUGCCUCCGCAACAAAGUGGGAAGACGGCCUAGGAGCAGACGAACCCGUGAGAAAGCGACUGGUUUGUUCCAAGCCCAAUCCUUUAAUGAGUUCGCUGGGGGUUGCCAUGCAGCAGCAGCAGUUUGGGCAGGCUGCUCCGCCGUCAGUUCACAUCACAACAUUGGGCGAGAGUCAUGGCGUUCAGCACCAGUUGUCGAGGGCACCCAGCGUUUGA